AUAAACACAGAUACAUCAAUAAAACCAACACAAACAAUUAAAGCAGAGUAUACAACUUUCCUAGUAAGUAGCCAGGCUUUUUCACUCCGUUUAAUUAAGGCUGCAGUAUUUCCUUUUUUUUGCAUAUUGAAUAUUAUACGCUUCACCUCCUCAUUUAUUUCCACGAUCAGUUGCUGCUUGGCGGGUGAGACGCAUGCUGCGCGCGGCGUCUUCUCCAUUCGUGCAACAGUGAACGUGUGAUCGAUACCGUGGUCUACUUAAGGAAGCCGUGGACGCGCACUGAUCCCAGGUACGUGCACCUGGAUCGACUUGGCGCCCCCUUCUCGUCCCGACUGAGCCGCGACGAGCGGGUCCAAGCUGCGCUUUGUCUCUACUUCUGUGCCAUGACGGUCCGGUUCAGCUGCCGCCAGGCUGGACAUUUGACACCGUGCUGAAGGAAACGGAGAUGGACAAACAGGGCCGCGUCUAACAUCAGAGGACCUCGGUCACACAGCUGUCUUUAUCUCAAACACUGAUGAGGCGCCUCAGGUUUCUGCUGCAAGUGGUAAAAAGGUUCCCAUAAACGUUGAAGAGCAGCCUGGGUUUCUGUCUCAAUGCACCGGAAAAAGCUUCGGUGAAAGCGCAGUUUCAGUCCCACGGUCCCUGAAACUCUGGUUGAAAAACCGCGGCGCCAUGAACAUCUCCAUCACCGGCAUCCUGCUCGGCCUGGGAGGAAAAUGCCUGCUCGACUGGGCUCUGGUGUUCCUCCAGAGGAGCCACAUCUGCCGCGGCUUCCUGGGAGUUUUCGCCGUUUCCCUCGCCGCCGCGGACACCGUCCUGGCCCUCUCCGUCGCCGCCGUGCACGCGCAGGCCGGCGGAUACAUCUCCCUCCCGGGCCUGACUCUGACCAGGUACCACGAGUGCCUGCUGGUCCAAAUCUUCGGGCAGCUCUGCAGCGCUCUGCAGUGGCCCGUUGCCCUCGCGGCCGCCCUGGACCACCUCCUCGCGGUCACUCGGUCGCCGCCGCCGCUCGCCGGCGGGGCCAGACCGGCCGCCCGCGUGCUGGUGACCGGCCUGCUGUGGUACCUCGCAGCCGCCCACGUCUUCCUGCUGUCUGACUUCAUUCCGGUCAUGGAGGAUGUGCCUCACAACCAGAUAAACCAGUGCUGGGUUUCCCACAGCAGCCCCGUGCUGCAGGUGACCGCGGCGCUUCUCCUGGCGCUGUGCUGCGGAGCGCUGCACGCGGGGCGCGGCGAGCCAUUGUCAACCGAGCUUUCUUCGAAGGGCCCGAUCGCAGAGGAGAGCAGAGCUCACUCCGGGAGGGACGUCGCGCGCCAAGCCGCGCGUAUAUUUCUGAGCACGUGGGCCCCGUUCCUGCUGCUGCUGGCCGUGCUGGCGCUGCUCCCCGUGGGGCUGCCCGCGCACCUGGCUCUGAACGCCGGCUGGCUCUGCUUCCUCAACAGCCUUCUGAUAGCGGCCAUUUUGUGCGCGGUGCGUCCGGCCUCGUGGACAACGCAGGGGCCGGCGGCGGUUCCUCCGGACAGCUUCUCAGAGUGGACAUUUCAAUUGGUCUCGACUGGCGAGGACCAGACGUGAGCGGCUGCCUGGACCUCAUGGAGAUUUAAAUUAACCAGAGCAUUUCUGAAGAAUAGUUGGGCAGUUGCUAAGAGGUGUGUGUGUGUGUGUGUGUGUCCGUCUGUUACUGCUUCUCUUUGGCCCACUACUGGAUGGAUCGCCGUGAUUAAUAUAUAAUAGUUCAUACCAUGAAUGUGUUUAUAUUUGAACGGAUUAAUCGAAUCACACUUUCUACGUGUUGACUUUGCAGCCUUGCCAUCAAGAUACACUUGAUUUGAAAAUCUAAAAAACAUUUACAGGCUUGACAAUAAAUGGUGGGUUGAAUGAAAAUGUCUUCUCUACAUGUUCACACUAAAACGAGUCAUAGGUCACGCGUUGACCGUCCCGAGUGAUUAACUGGCUGGUUCUUUACACGCAGUAGUGUUUGAAAAGUCUCUGGAGACGACGCCUUUUUUUGUUGCUAGUGCAGCAAUGGCUUGUUUGUUCAUUGUGGUCCAGUCUGACCUCAAGCUAACGAGGAAGUGAUAAAAAGGCAAAAGACAUCGCAGGUUUGACACUACAGAACUUUACUUGAAUUUGAUCCAAGUUCAUUAUCUAUACAGUGUAUAUUUACAAGAUCUGAAAUCAGGGGAAGGGCAAAAACAGAAGAAAAGAAAAACACUAGAUACAACUGAGGUAUUGGCUAAAAGCAUUUACAGGUAUGUCAUUUACUAGUAAAUAUCCAUGAUGAUAAACAUUUAGAGAUGCAGCUUCUUCUGCUUAAAAAACAUUUUUAUAUCACAACAUGAGGUAGGAGAACAGUGUCUCGAUUCAUGCAAGAACAAAAGUCUCAUCACACUGUAGUAUUGGCAACAUAGUAUGCAAUGGUCAAACACAGACACUGUGUUUCAUGUUUCUGAACAGCAUCAAGGGGAAAAUAGGAUAUUUUUAGCAAAGCCAUGAUAGAUUUAUUUUAUUUUCUAUAGAAGGAAGUCUAUAAAUUAAAACAUGGCGCACCCAUUCUUAGUAACCAGUUAUCUGUGUGCUCAAUCACCAAUGCAGUCACACCGGGUUUCUCCCAUAGAAUAAUCAUUGGCCAAAAUGACUACGCAAACUAGAAAAAGCUCUUGCGACAGGUCAAAGGUUUCCGUGGAUUUGUUCACUAGUUUGCUCCACGUAGCCAAUAGGCAAAUAGUACGUAAAUCCUGUAUUCAAAUGUGUCCAUGUGGUGGUGGUUCACCUUGUUUUUCUGGUCUGUUGGGCAAACGUCAAACCUGUAAAACUUCUGUACAAAGCAUACCCAAGUUCUCAUAACACUGCAAAAUGCAAAAAAAGGCCCAGCAGACAGUGAUCAAUGGGAUCCUUCUCCACUUUCAUUUAGCCCUUCUAUUAAAUGGACUGUCAUUAAAGAGGCUGAACAUCGCCCCCUUGUGUAUAAAAUGCAAAUUACAAAGUCAAUUCGGAGCAAACAUUAGUCGUCAGCUCAUCUGAUGGAUUUAAAGAAUUUUUAGAUGCCUCUGAAGUCCGUAAAUCUAAUACUGAUGAUCUGUUAAGUGAUGUUCACACAGCAGGACAGGAAUAAAUGAUCAGAUUCAGAAAACACUUUUAGUCCAAAGCUACAUGAGCAAAUUAUUUUCUUUCCCUUUACAAAGCUGCUGUGUGUCAGUGGGAGGCCAACACACACACACACACACACACCGUCUCUCGCUCUCAUACGCACACCUCAUUUUCAAAUCAAAUUAGGCUACAUUUUACGUUUAUUAUCAUCUAAAUUAAUAUCUUGUCAACCUGUAAACCAAUGAUGACAUGUUCGAUGUUCAUGCAUAAGAGCAGUCUUAUCUGUGUGUUACGUGAGGGGAAACAUCAUCUUUUUUUACAAUAAAAAAAAUUGAUAAAUUAGCCCGUUGACACAAAACCUAAGGGGCAGCAAAACAUGCAUAAAAAAACAUCUUUGUUUAGUUUUUUUUCUUCCAAAAAUGCAUUUUCUUAAACAAAUGUUUCAUUUUCAAUUUAUCUCAGAGGGUGAAGGGGUUUAAUAAAGAAGAAAAGCUCAUUACAUUACACGUUCAACAGUCUGUCAAGAUGAAAUCCACAAAA